CGGGCUCUUUGGGCGUAAAAUAUGGAGUGGCUGCCGAUCAAGCUUUGGAAAUCACAAUGGUCAGCGCAAAGGGAGACAUGCUAGUAGCAAAUAAAAAUCAGAACCCAAAUUAUUUUGGGCAACUUUGUGGAGUUGGUGGAGGAUCUUUGGGGAUCAUAACAUCAUUCAAGAUCGCCUUACAAACCGUGCCCAAUACGGACGCUGUGACUUCGUUUACAUUUAGUUGGCCCGCCAGUCAACACCGCGCCGUGCUUGCUGCCUAUAACACAUGGGGCCCAAAGGCGACGAACGAUCUGACAACUGAAUUGAACUGGAAUUCUGCAGGAUCCUUGGAGCUGCAAGGACUAUACCUCGAUCCAAAGUCAAACCUCAACGGGAUUUUAAAGGGCUUUAUAGACGCUGUAGGGUCGCAACCUUCUGCCUCAGAUGUACGGCAGCAGUCGCUUAUGGAUGCGUUACUUCGUUUUACUUGGAUGGACACCACAAAGCCGGCAGGCAUGCAACACCCCUUUGUUCAGGACGCAAAGUGCAUUAAAGGCAACUUAUUAUUCUACAGUGCUCCUUUCAGCGGGCAAACUGUACAGAUCAUGAACAAAUACCUCUGUUCAAUACCGAGAGGCUUGACCGGAGCUUAUAUCAUCAUCGAUCUUUGGGGUGGAUAAGUCAGCAAUGUUCCUGUUUCCGAGACUGCUUUCAUUCAUCGCAAUGAGCUGUUUGGCAUUGAGAUAGUAGUUGAAUGGGGAAUCUGAAUGCUCCCCCAGGUAACUCCGAUUGCCCGACGUGUCCUACCUGGAUUAACAACUUCUACGGUAAUCUGGCUACUCUAUACCGUAAAGAGUACAAAACAAAUACUGUUCCAGCGUACCAAAACUCUAUUGACAAGGGGCUCCCGAACCGGCAACAAGCGUAUUAUGGAGCGGCGUACGAUCGAUUAAAGCAGGUCAAGCGGCAAUCGUAUUCCUCUA